GCAAUAUCCAGUCGCCAAAAUCCUACUCACUUCCCCAGGUAAUCCACAAACGCCACGAGCGUGCAGUCGCGGUUCAAAUCUUACAGGUCUGAAUUAGAGGAGGGAUGAGGCUGCAAAAAGCCAUGUUUACAGUCGUCGUCAGCACGCCCUCGGUUUUGUUGUUCCGCAACCGUCGCACAAUACCAGCAUAUCCAUGCUAUCCCACCCAUAACAUCAUGCCAUUAACGUUUCACAAUUAGUGACGUAGCACGCCGGGGGGUCUUUGUUUUGGUCCUCGGGCCACUUUCUGUUAUGAUGGUUUUCCUCCAUACGUGCAGCCGCAGCAUUUCGCCAAUACAGCAAUGUCGCUUCUCGUCGCUUGCAGCAACAACAAUAACGGCGGCGCAUCGGUAGGACGGGAUAGCGAUGAGAACAGAGGCUGUUUUCUGCUCGCGAGUUGCGCGGGCCAGUCGAGCCAGUCGCGCGAGCUGGUGGCGAGGAGUCUGGUGGUGCGGGACAGCAAGGUAUUUGUCGACGAUGGGAAAGGGGCCGGAGGAGAUCAUUCAAGCCAUGAAGCUGCUACCCGCUUUCGUCUAUGCCCUUUGCACACCAUCGAGGAUCUGGAUGCGGUGGCAAACGAUGCCUCCGCUGCUGCACAGUGUUUCUACGUCGAUUCGCAGACAUACCAGCUGCGAUGCGGGAGCCGCGAAGACGCCAGGCGCAAUCUGAGUGAACCGUUCGGCUACUUUCUUGACCGCUUGAAGUUUCAGGGAUGGGAGGGGUUCUGCGCCGUCGAAGAAGAGCAAAGUAGCAGCUGGACCGUGUACUUUGACGUCGACGACAACGCGCUGCGAGGCAGAGUGCCGGAUGGGCGCAGAGUGCUUGAGAUCGAAGUAAAGAGAAGCGACGUCGCUGGCGAUAAGCAGCAGAGGGACGACAGAGUGGACUCGGUGCUGGGCAUGCCGCCGGGAUUGUACCUCCAGGAACCGGAACAUGUACCCGAAGGACCUUCCAGCUUGUACUCGCAAGAUGACGAUCCGGCUCCUCGUGAAGAGCCGCAGGAGCCAGGGGGAGACCAGCAGCAGCAGCUCCCAUCAGAGGACCGUCCCGACCUACCCGGCUGCAGCCAGACCAUCGUCCGCGUCCAUCCACCCGUCAUAGAGUCAGUAACGCGCCUUCAACGGAAACGACGCCCGCGAGUCGUCCCACAACACCAGCAGGUUCCCACCGAGCGCAGCAAGCCACGGGCACCAGUCCGCCGAGCGCCUGCACCUCGCGCUCCUAUCCACCAGCCUCAACAUGACCUACAGCCAUCGGAGAGCUUCGAGCGCUUCGUCCACGACUUUAGCUUCACGCGUCCGAUAUCCGUGCACUUGGACUUCCCAGCCGAGAAUGUGUGGGGCCCGAAGAAAGCGAAGGAAGACGGCAUGGUCAAGGCGAUGCUGAAGAAGUUUUCCGUUCCGUUUACGCGUGGAAAGACAUCCGGCGAACCAAAGGCGGAGGAGAAAAAGGCAAUGGAGGAGAAGCGGCAAAAGGAGGGGAAGCGGCUGAAAAAGGAAGCACGGGUGGCGAGCGAGAAACGACUCGCUGACGAGAGACGAGUGACGGAGGACCGACGCUUGAAGGAGGAGCGAAGAAUGGCAGACGAGCGGCGCAUAGCUGAGGCGAGGCGCAAGCCUGACGAGCGGAGAGAACGCAGGAAGAGGCAGCCCCCGGUGGAUGCUGUUCAUCCAGCCCCAGAAGAAAGGUAGGUUGAUGACUGAGCACUUAGUGACACCCGCUAACACCUGCACAGCUCCUGGUUCCACCGCAGUUCGAACAUGGCCCCGCCAUCGGGCCUCACAGGAACACAUCGCCACCCUCCCCUCUCCUCUCUUCCCAGCCAGCCAAGAAGCGCGAAACCGAAAAGACACUCGAAGCCGCCACAGGUAGCUCCUCCCGACAGUGUCGCACGCAGCAGCUUGGAGAUGUGGCAGCGCACUACGUCGAGAAUCCGGAGAAGUGUAAGUAUUCGGAGAAAAGAUG